AAAAGAGUAAAAAAGAUGCGAAUAUGUUUGUCGUGAUUUGAGAGCUUUUCUGGCGUAGUACGUUGGCCUUUAACAGUGCGCCCUACACCUCUCGUCUGCAUCUUCCCUUCCUUCCAUAGUUCCAUGGAGUCUAUAUAUCAACGUUAACAUCUCAGUUGCAUUCGAAUUUGCGCUGCCGAGAUACUGCAAUGCAGUUGAGCUCUCGACCAUAGACAACUUCAUCUUCUGCAACUCACAGUCUCUUCACCAAUGGCGGCGGAUUCAAGUGUAGAUUAUAGCCAAGAAGGCCCAAUUAAUGAUACCUUUCAUGAUGGAGAUCCUAUGAACCCACAAUUUGGGACACUCUCAUGCCCAAAGGUAGAGAAAGCUUCAGCAGCCAUUGAUGCCCAGUCAAACUGUCGAAGCCAGAUCAAACAGAAGAUGAAUAAUGCUGAAAAUCAUGCCACGCGCAUAGAUAUUGAUAUUGAGAAAGGGAAGCUGGAGGGCCCUAAAGCUGAAUUUUGUGAUGAAAUUAGUGGGAAGUUGAAGAUGGAUGAUUCUUUAGCAAGAAUGUUGCAUAGAGAGAUUACAUCUAUGCUAGGAGGAAAGCUGAUGCAGUUGUUGAUGAAUAACAGCUUUGAGUUGCCCAAGUUAUUCUCAAGAGAUAAAAGCAUGAAUGAGAGAUGCUAUGAUAUGGCUACCAACAGAUUGAGGAAAUACAAGCGCUCAGCCUCUUUCAGUUCAAGAAGAGUGGUUCUCCUCUUCUCUAUUCUGUCGAGCAUGGGGACACUCGUACUAAUAUAUCUAACGUUGAGAGUCAGACAGAUUGCUGAAAGUGGUAACAUUUGAUUCAACUUUUUUCCACAGCAGCUUCAUCUUAGCUGAGGCACGCCCCUUAAAGCUUAGCUGGCUAGGAUUGUACCUUUUUCCUUUCUUUUUUUUCCGGCUGUGUUUUCUGUAAGAAAGGUAGGGGUUUUCCUUAUUGUAAAUAUAAUAAUUCAAAUUUGAGUUCUGAUGGGUGAUUUUACUUUGAGUUUUGCAAUCCCUCUUGGAAGAUGGGUCCAAGUGCUGGUCCACCGUUUGAGGGGUUGGAUCAGAACUUUAAAUAGGCACAUGCCUCAUGAUCGGUGCCCCCAUCCCAUUACUGAACAUGUUAAAUGUCAAUAUACUGGUAUCUUUUUUCAUGAAAAGAAAAAUCAAUA